GGGCGGCCGGGCCGGGCAGAGCCGAGCCGAGCCGAGCCGAGCCGGGAACCGAGCAGCGAGCGGGGCCGGGUCCCUCCCUCCAAGUCGGUCUGGUACUUCCUUCCAGUGUGGAAAUUGAUCGGUUGAAGUUAUGCAUUUGACCUGCAAGAGCCACGCUGCCGGUGCUUCGGGGAUCUUGUGAACUGCAACGGGAAAGGAGACACAGCCUUCAAACCCCAAGCUGCAUUCAUGAUGCCCAGAUGCACCAAAGCUUUGCUGAUCACUGUCACUGCACCCUGAGGUGUUCCCCAGGUCCCACAACAGCAGCAGCCCGCCGGCAGGUGGAAUGGGGCAGCCAUGAACGGCGAUGCCCUGUGCCAGGAGCCCUCCUCCCCGCUCCCCGACUGGAGGGAGUUCUGCAAGCUGCACGCCCAGGCAGCCGCCGUGGACUUCGCCCAGAAGUUCUGCCAGUUCCUGAAGGAGAACCCCCACUACGACACCCCCGGGGCAGAGACCUCCUUCUCCCACCAUUUCACCGCCAACUUCCUGGACAUCUUCAGCCUGGAGGUCAGCCGGGUGUUCGUGUCUGACUCGCCCACCAAGUACAACAUCGUGCCCUUCGUGGGGCUGCAGAACUGCCACGUCCCCUACGGGCGGGAGGUCACCCCGAGGAAGGAGGAGACGUCCACAGAGUCUCUGGACAGCAUGGACGCCCCGCUGGGCGCCAGCCGGUACCUGACCCCAGCCCAGCAGGUGCAGGCUCACAAGGUCUCCUCCUACGGGCAGUCCCGCAGCUCGGAGGACGUCUCCAUCCACGCCGCUGCCAAGCCCAAGUUCAAGAAAGGCUUCUCCCUGAGGAACAUGAGCCUGUGCGUGGUGGAUGGCAUGAAGGAGAUGUGGCACCGCAAGUCCUCUCCGGAGCCGGGCGCCGAGGCCGCUCUGGGCGGCCGCAGAGCCGAGAGGGAGCCGUGGCCGGCCGGGGGCAAGGAGCCUGGGGACCCUCGGGAGAAAUGGACACACAAGCUGCGCCUGUCCAAGGUGCCCUCGUCCAAGGUGGAGCUGGUGGACAUCCAGAGGGAGGGGACGCUGCGCUACAUGGUGGCCGAUGACACGAACUGUGUGGGGAGCUCGCAGUGGCAGAAGUGCCGCCUCCUGCUCCGGAAGGCGGUGAAGGUGGAAGGAGAGAGGUUCCUCCUGGAGUUUUAUGUCCCUCCAAAGGCUUCCAAACCCAAGGUGAGCAUCCCGCUGUCGGCCAUCAUCGAGGUGCGCACCACCAUGCCCCUGGAGAUGCCUGACAAAGACAACACCUUUGUCCUAAAGGUGGAGAAUGGGGCAGAGUACAUCCUGGAGACCAUCGACUCCCUGCAGAAGCACUCGUGGGUGGCUGAUAUCCAGGACUGCAUCGACCCUGGGGACAGUGGGGACGACAUUGAGCUGGUGUCCUGUGCACAGGGACCCUGUCUGCCAGGCAGGACAACCUCGUCCAGCUGCGAGUUCCUGAAUGAUGAGGUACCCAGGCCACCAGACAGAUGUGCCCUGCCCAGCGCUCACAACGCUGCCAUGGUCACCUCUGUCCCCGUGCCCCACAGCCGGGGCAGGGACUCCCUGGGGGAGCUCCUCACCCACGUCCCACUGGAAAGCUUCCUGCAGACGCUGGAAUCCUCCCCCACCGCUGGUGGGCACCUCACAGGGGAGGACAGCGAGGCUGAGGCCGAGAUCAACCUGUCUGACUUCCCCUGGUUCCACGGGACUCUGUCACGGAUCAAGGCAGCCCAGCUGGUGCUCUUCGGGGGCGCCCGCAGCCACGGAUUGUUCGUCAUCCGGCAGAGCGAGACACGGCCGGGGGAGUAUGUGCUGACCUUCAACUUCCAGGGGAAAGCCAAGCACCUGCGCCUGUCGCUGAACGAGAGCGGGCAGUGCCACGUGCAGCACCUCUGGUUCCAGACCAUCUUUGACAUGCUGCGCCACUUCCACACGCAUCCCAUCCCGCUGGAGUCGGGCGGCGCGGCCGACAUCACCCUCCGCAGCUACGUGGUGGCCCAGAGCCCACAGCCCGACACCGGCGCCCCGCCACCCCUCGUGUCGCAGCCCCCGGGCUGCCGCGUCGACCUGCCACCUCCGCACUACUUCUGCAGCACAGCGCCCACGGGCCCGCCGGUGCCGCCACCCGCUGAGGGGGUGGCCGUGGCCCCCAGUGUCCCGGUCCCCGCACCCUACCACCGCCUGGAGGGUGCCCUGGGCCCCCGGAGCCGCAGCGACAGCGCCGAGCGCCGGCCGGAGCCCCCUGCCGCCAGUGCCGAGGACUACCACGAGGCUGACAGCGCCCGGAGCCGGACCCGGGCGGUGGAAAACCAGUACUCCUUCUACUGAGCCCCCGUGCUGGGGGGUGCGGGGAGCGGGGCGGCUGUGCCCCUCACCGCCGCACCGGCCUCGCCACCUCCUCCUGCCACCACCAGCCACCCAGCCGGGACGUCCUCCUCGCUCCCUGCUGCUUUUGGGAGCUGUGUCAGCGGUGGGCAGUGUCCCAGCUGGACCUGGCACCAGCCCCAAGGUUGGGGCAGUGCUGGGGGUGUGGGAGGCUGAAAGUGUCAGUGCCAUUUUAGAGCUUGCAGCCUCUUCUCCUUCCCUCCGGACCAAGAGCUUUCCCGGGGCUGAGCUGGGCUCCCUGCAUCUCCUCCUGGGUGUGACCCUUGUGGGAUGGCACCCGAAGCUGUGACAGGCUCCAUCCUCCAGCCAAAGCACCUUGGCAUGUCCCCUCUGGGGCGAGAGCCCAGCAUGGCCAACAUCCUUCUGGCACCAUCGCCCUGCAAACCAGCUGCCGAGGGACUCUGGCAUUUUGGGAUGAGCAUGGAAAUGUGUCAGAUGUCCUUGCAGAAACUCUUCUCACACACACGGAGCACUGAGAGGGCGCUGCUGCAGAGGCCGGAGGGUUUAUCUGGGCUGGCUUUUCGGCUCCCUCUGGGGCACGUGUUUCCUACCCUCUGACAGAAGAAAGUUUUUGUCCAAAGCUUAAUGAAUUGCAUUCAAGGAAGGGUUUUCCUGCUGUCCUGCCUUUUCUGUUCCUUUUGUCUCCUUUCUCUCCUUGCUGUACUAACAGAGAAUCCCUGGAUAACCCUUCCGUCCUCCCUUUCUUCCUUGAUUUUUCAAAACCGAAGCUCUCCACAAGGGCAUCGGCCUUCCGCCUGCUCUCUGCCACAGCUGGGCAAUAUUUUCAUUGCUCAAGGCAAACCUCCUCUUUACAUCAGUUUUUGUCAUUCAGGAUGUCUCAGGGGGUCAGGCAGAGGCCAGGGGCUGUGUCCAGAGGUGAGGGACAGCUUUGCUUUGCAGGUAAAAGCAGGUAUUCCUCCUUGGCUGGGCUCCCAGGAAUAAAAACACUACAUUGAUUCUUUUCCAACAGGUCAUGGAAGCCCCGAGGAUGGUUUGUGCCUCAUGGAGGGUGGGAGACCCUCCAGAAGGGCGGCUUUGCUUGCAGACAAAGUGUUUGCACUCCCCCUUGGUUUGGCUGACACAGCUUGUGUUACCCAGCACCAGGACUCCUGGCUGCUCAUGUGGCAGUGACAGGAGUGACAGUGCUCACGGGACCUGAGCCAGGUGGCUUUGGAGUGUCUGGACAGGUCUCCAGAUAGAGCAGACCCUACCAUACCCAGCUAGAAGUUACCACUUAGUUCAAAGAGGUACAAGCCAAGCCACAACUUAAAAAAAAAAAAAAAAAAAAAAAAAAAAAAAAAAAAAAAAAAAACACUUGAAUUUGCCUGGAACUGGGUUGGGCCAAAUUUUUAUUUAUUAGGUGCCUUCUUUCCUGAGCUAGCAAAGCGUGUCUCCAGUGCUUGACUCACAAGAUGAGAGAGGGGAGGUAUCUCCAAGGCUCCUUGCCUCCUCCUGUGAUGUGAGAGCUGCCUUUCUGGCCCAUGGAUGUGUGAGACGAUCCUGGUGGAUCCCAUUCCUGCAGCCAGUGCCACCUUCUUCCCAAACCCACGUCCCUUCAGAGGGCAGCAGGAGUGGUUUGCUCUGUUGAGGGUAUUUCUCCUUCCUCAGCCCAGCUACAACACAGCUCAGGGGAGCAGGGAGAGGCUGGAUGCUUUUAGUUGAUGGGUUUAACACACAUGGUGGAUGAGGGGAGGUCUCCAGAUCUGACAGAGACGUCAUCACUCUGGUUCUUCCCUGAGGCCCCAAGGGUGGGAUCCAGAAGGGUGGAUGGGAGCACUGCCUUACAGACCUUCAGAUUUUGGCUUUGUUUCUCACUUUCUGUGUCACAGGAUAGGAAAAUGAGGGGGAAGCAAUGAUCUGCAAGCAAAAAAUGUUAAUUUGUAAAUAGGGAAGAGUCUGGAAGAGUUUACUGUUGUGUAGAAUAAAUUAAUUUUAUUUAAAAAAAGAAGGGGGGGAAGUUGUUAAACAAAUGGAGAACUCAAGUUCCGGUUUUAAAAUAAAAUCACUUGCAAAAACAACA